GACGGCUGGCUUACCAGUGUAGGGUACCCUCCCACAGCGGCCGGACGCUGGAGGGCCAUGCUUCGGAGGGCGCUGUGGCUCGGCUUGCGCCGGGGCCUCUUGGGCCGGGAGCUAGGCACACGCAGAGGAGGCUCUACUCUGGACUGGGAUGGAAAAGUGUCCAAUAUUAAGAAGAAGAUCCAGUCCAUCCUUCCUGGAGGGGCCUGGAAGCCACUGUACGACACCAGCCACCUGCCCCCUGAACAAGCAGAUGUGGUGAUUGUGGGGGGUGGGGUGCUUGGCCUGUCCGUGGCCUAUUGGCUGAAGAGGUUGGAAAAGCGGCGAGGUGCCAUUCGGGUGCUGGUGGUGGAGCGGGACCACACGUAUUCCCAGGCCUCCACGGUGCUUUCUGUGGGCGGGAUUCGUCAGCAGUUCUCACUGCCUGAGAACAUCCAGCUCUCCCUCUUUUCAGCCGAAUUUCUACGGAACAUCAAUGAGUACUUGGCUGUGGUCGAUGACCCUCCCCUGGACCUCCAAUUCAACCCCUCUGGGUACCUCUUUCUGGCUUCAGAGAAGGGGGCUGCGACCAUGGAAAACAACGUGAAGGUUCAGAGGCAGGAAGGAGCCAAAGUUUGUCUGAUGUCUCCAGAGCAACUUCGGAAGAAGUUUCCUUGGAUAAACACAGAGGGAGUGGCUUUGGCAUCUUAUGGGUUGGAGAAUGAAGGUUGGUUUGACCCCUGGUGUCUGCUCCAGGGGCUUCGGCGAAAAGUCCAGUCCAUGGGGGUCCUUUUCUGCCAAGGAGAGGUAACACGUUUCGUCUCUUCAUCUACCCACAUGGAGACCAUCAGUGGGGAGGAAGUGACUUUGAAAAGGAUCCAUGAAGUCCAAGUGAAGAUGGACUGCAGCCAGGAGUACCAGCCUGUGGAAUGUGCCAUAGUGGUCAACGCCGCCGGGGCCUGGUCCGGGCAAAUUGCAGAGCUGGCUGGUGUUGGGAAGGGGCUGCCUGGCACUCUGCAGGGCACCAAGCUGCCUGUGGAGCCAAGGAAGAGGUAUGUGUACUUGUGGCACUGCCCCCAGGGACCAGGCCUGGAGGCACCGCUCGUUGCAGACCUCAGUGGAGUCUAUUUCCGCCGGGAAGGACUAGGCAACAACUACCUGGGCGGCUGCAGCCCCGCCGAGGAGGAAGAACCAGACCCAGGGAACCUGGAAGUGGACCAUGAUUUCUUCCAAGAGAAGGUGUGGCCCCCUUUGGCCUGGAGGGUACCAGCUUUUGAGACUCUAAAGGUUCAGAGAGCUUGGGCUGGCUAUUACGACUACAACACCUUUGACCAGAAUGGCGUGGUCGGCCCCCACCCCCUCAUCGUCAACAUGUACUUUGCAACAGGCUUCAGUGGCCACGGGCUCCAGCAGGCCCCGGCCGUGGGGAGGGCCGUGGCAGAGAUGGUGCUAGAAGGCCACUUCCAGACCAUCAACCUGAGCCCCUUCCUUUUCACCCGCUUUUACUUGGGAGAGAAGGCCCUGGAGCACUGUAUCCUCUGAGCCUGGCAUCCUGCUCCCAUGUGUGGCUAGGUGGGCAAGUGGACCACUGUGCCUGAGGCCCAGCCCGAUGCCACCCACCAGGAGCCCAGCUGGACAGAACACCUCAGGACUGGCUCCUUCCUGGUACCGACCCAGAAGGACUGCCUCUGCCCCUCUCAGCAGACCCAGCAGAGCCCAGGCAGGGAGCAUCCUGGAGCAACCCGGCCCAGAUUACUGACUUGCCUCCUUGUUCAUCAGUCAAUAAAUGUGAUUAACUCCUUCC